AAAGACCCUACUAAAGCAGGAAAAAAGUGAGAAAAAGAAAGAACCUAUUAGGUGUUCAACCCCGGAGCCGUGCGUCACACAAAAAGCUUCUAAAGAUAAACAUCAAACCUCCAGCAAAAAAAAACAAAAUUUACAAUUAGAUCGUGGAGGAAAUCUAUCAAUUAACUCAAAUGGUAGUAAUGAGCAAAUGAACCCCAUCUCUUCUCAAAAUCAAACACAGGUUCGAAGGUUCGACUUCUAAUUUUCUCCAAACUAGGACACAGCAUCACUUGAGAGAACCAUUGUGACAGAGUGGGAGCCGACGUAUCCCUCCACUCCAACAGAAUGGCCCUCCCAGCUAUCAAUGUAACAAACAUGUUGGUCAGACAAAGAAAUACUGCGGAUAUUUUGAGGUGCCAAGAGCUUUUGUAAAUGUUAUGCAAAUACUUGAGAUGAACGAUAUUCGAAGGAUUAACAAGAACACAAUCGGGUGUGCAUUGCUUCAGAAGAACAUCUGUCCCUGCUUUCUGAAGCUGAGAGACAAUUCUCCUGAACUGAGUGAAAUGUUGAUAGUUAACAGGGAGUAUCAGACCAAACUGACUGCAUUGAUUGACAGUGGAAAAUACGACACAACUGAAGACUUCACGGUUGUGCUGCAACCUUAUUUCACAAAUACUAUCACUCCAUUGAACAUCUUGGGCCUGCCAGACCUGAGCUUCUUUUCAGUAGAUUGCUUCCAUUUAAGUGAACGAGGACAAGCUGAGAUGGCCAUCGGCUUAUGGAACAACAUGCUGGAGCCAGUUGGACACAAGCAAAAUUACAACAACUUCACCUACGACAGAAGCAAGCUGAAGUGUCCAAGCUCUGGCUCACCUUACUUGUUCACACGAAGAAACAGCGCUGUGGAACCAGAGGUCACGCCUGGAAGUGGGGCGGACCAGAAAAUUUGGGUGCCUGUACUCAUAGCCUUGGCAGGGGUGAUCGCAGGGGCAGUACUUGUCCUGAUCAUGGCAAGGCUGAGAUCCCCGAAAUGCAAAAGCCGCAAUGAGGAACCAAUGGAGCUGAAUGGAAUUAAACUAUAAGACGUGGAUUAUUGAGAGUUUCUGUGAUUCUAUUUCAUUGGCUCUUUACAGCACCCUCAUUUGUGGCACCUUGUCAAAGGCCG